AUCAAAACGAGUCGCCGUAACGAUAAAGCGUUUGUCCAAGCUCAGUAUAGGCGCAAAUGUCGAAGUAAACCGUAGUGAUCCGGGAUUCCAUUCUCUGUCCAGCAGGUAAACUCGAGGCGAGUUGUUUCAGUUACCUGCCACUUUACAAUCCACUCUUACAAUUCUUGCUAAUUAUACCAUUAUAGCUCCGAAAAAUGGCAUCGCUGACGCCGAUGUUGAGCAAGGACGUGCCUGAUAUUGAAAAUAUAUUAAACAUCAAUCCAAAGUCCAAAAUUCAUGCAAAUUUCGUACCGUCGGUGCACACCAAACAGAACAAGGCACACUGGAAAAGAAACAUUCAUGAAAAAUGUGAUAGUUGCGUGCCUCUGACAAAAAACUUUGACGACAUCAAACACACUACCUUGAGCGAACGCGGAGCUUUAAGGGAAGCAGCACGUUGUUUAAAAUGUGUCGAUGCACCUUGCCAAAAAUCAUGUCCCACGCAACUGGACAUCAAAUCCUUCAUCACUUCAAUCUCCAAUAAGAAUUAUUAUGGCGCAGCUAAGGCGAUCCUGUCCGACAAUCCUCUCGGUCUUACUUGCGGCAUGGUCUGUCCAACUAGCGACCUUUGCGUUGGCGGAUGUAAUCUUUAUGCGACCGAGGAAGGACCUAUUAACAUUGGCGGACUUCAACACUUUGCGAUGGAUGUUUUCAAGCAAAUGAAUAUUCCUCAGAUCAGAAUACCCAAUCAAACAGUACCUCAUGCAAGCACGAAAAUUGCUCUGCUUGGUUGUGGACCAGCUUCUCUCUCGUGUGCGACAUUUCUUGCUCGACUCGGUUACAAUGAUAUUACGAUCUUCGAAAGAGAAAAGUAUGUCGGCGGAUUAAGCUCUUCCGAAAUACCGCAAUAUAGACUCCCGUAUGAUGUUGUUAGUUUUGAAGUCAACCUCGUCAAAGAUUUAGGAGUGAAGAUCGAAUUGGGAAGGUCACUGUCUGAAAAUGAUUUGACAAUACAGGGUCUUCAAGACUCUGGAUACAAAGCGAUUUUUUUAGGUAUCGGAUUACCUGAGCCGAAAAGUAUAUCAAUCUUCGAAAACCUGACGCCGGAAAUGGGCUUCUUCACCUCAAAAAGUUUUCUGCCCGUUGUCGCGAAAGGCAGCAAGCCGGGGAUGUGCGCUUGUAAGAGUAACCAGGAACUCCCAUCUCUUCGAGGCAACGUGAUCGUUCUCGGUGCAGGAGAUACUGCUUUCGAUUGCGCCACUUCCGCUCUGCGAUGUGGUGCUAAGAGAAUCUUCGUUGUUUUCCGAAAAGGCUUCACCAACGUACGAGCUGUUCCGGAAGAGAUGGAUCUGGCAAAAGAAGAAAAAUGUGAAUUUAUACCUUUCCAAUCGCCAAAACGAGUUAUCCUUCGUAAUAAGAGGAUCGCCGCGAUCGAAUUUUACAGGACCGAACAGAAUGAAAAUGGCGAAUGGAUAGAAGACGAAGAGCAAAAGGUCGUUUUGAAGGCGGAUUUCAUAAUUUCGGCUUUCGGUUCAGGACUGUACGACUCUGCUGUGAAGCGUGCCAUGGCACCGGUUAAAAUGAACGGAUGGGACCUGCCGGAUGUAGACGAGACGACAAUGAUGACCUCGGUACCAGGUGUGUUCUGUGGAGGCGACCUUGCGGGUGUUGCCCAGACGACCGUGGAAUCCGUGAAUGAUGGAAAGACAGCUGCAUGGUACAUUCACAAAUACAUACAGGAAUUGUACGGUUCAACGGUACCGGAAACCCCGCAGUUACCGAAGUUUCAUACUGCCGUUGAUGAUGUUGACAUCAGUGUUGAAGUAUGCGGGAUCAAAUUCGAGAAUCCUUUCGGUCUUGCUUCUGCGCCACCUUGUACCUCCAGUGCGAUGAUCCGGCGAGCUUUUGAGGCCGGCUGGGCCUUCGCUAUCACAAAAACCUUCGCCUUGGACAAGGAUCUCGUCAUCAAUGUAUCGCCACGCAUCGUCAAAGGCACGACAUCUCGUCAUCAUUACGGACCCGAGCAGGGCAGCUUCCUGAACAUCGAAUUGAUAUCCGAGAAAACCGCCGAUUACUGGUGCGGCAGUAUUACUGAACUGAAACGAGACUUCCCCACAAAGAUCGUUAUUGCGAGUAUUAUGUGCACGUAUAACAAGGCUGAUUGGACGGAAUUGGCGAGAAAAGUGGAAGCAGCUGGUUCUGACGGCUUGGAAUUAAAUCUAUCGUGCCCGCAUGGUAUGGGCGAAUCAGGAAUGGGUCUGGCUUGUGGACAGGAUCCUAAACUGGUUAGAGACAUCUCCAGAUGGGUUCGUGAAGCCGUCAAGAUACCGUUUUUCAUCAAAUUGACACCAAACAUCACCGAUAUUCUUUCUAUCGCCAAGGCAGCUUACGAGGGCAAGGCCGAUGGCGUUACCGCCAUUAACACGGUAUCAGGAUUAAUGGGAUUGCAAGCCGAUGCGACUCCAUGGCCGGCGGUCGGCCUUAAUAAAUUCACAACGUAUGGUGGAGUGUCAGGAAACGCCAUUAGACCCCAAGCCCUGAGAGCUAUUUCAAGGAUCUCAAAGCAUCUUCCGGGAUUUCCAAUACUCGGUAGCGGCGGCAUCGACUCAGCCGAAGUCGCGCUGCAGUUCUUGCAUUGCGGUGCAUCAGUCGUCCAGAUCUGUAGCGCCGUUCAAAAUCAAGACUUUACACUGAUAGACGAUUAUGUGACCGGCUUAAAAGCGUUAUUAUAUCUAAAGAGCUUGGCGCAGGUGAAGGAUUGGGAUGGUCAGAGUCCACCGACGUUGAAACAUCAGAAAGGCAAACCUGUUUCCUUGCAACAUCCCCUUGGCAAAAACGUACCGUAUUUCGGCGUGUAUCAAAAGCUGCGCGAGCAGAAGAUAGCCGAGCUGAAAAUGCACUCGAAUCCCUUGGAUGAGGUCGUCAAGGUAAUGCGACCGGCUCCAGGACCAAUCGCACCGAUACCUACUGUCAAGGAUGUGACCGGCAAAGCGUUACUUUAUAUCGGCAACUUUAAGGAUUCAGAUGACAAGAAACAAGUGGUCGCCUUGAUCGACGAUGACAUGUGUAUAAAUUGCGGCAAAUGCUACAUGGCUUGCUCGGAUUCCGGAUAUCAAGCAAUCACCUUCGACCCCGACACUCACAUCCCAAAAGUGACGGACGACUGCACCGGGUGUACGCUUUGCUUAUCGGUCUGUCCGAUUAUCGACUGCAUCACUAUGGUCCCAAAAACGAUUCCACAUGUAAUUAAAAGAGGUGUGCCGCCGAAAAAUACGAUUAAAAUUCAUUGAACAAAUCCACGUUCUUAUCCAAAGAGAAUUAUGAUGGCAUCAUUCUGCGUACAAACAUUUGAUUACUGAAUGCUCGUUAACAUCAUUAACAGGUAAAGAGAAAAUAUUAUGUAUAUAUAGUAUACAUAUAAUGGAAUAAACGAUAGAUCAGCCAUCA